GAGCGGAUUUGCAUGCGGCCGCCGCGGCCGCUGCCUGCGCCCGAGCCCGCCGCCGCCGCCGCCGGAGCCCGCGCCCGCGCCCGGCCCGCGCGGCCCCAUGCCUCUGGCGCGGCCCUCGGGGGGGCGAAGGUGAAGACCGGCUCCUAGGAUGAGUGAAGGGGCGGCCGCUGCCUCUCCACCUGGUGCCGCUUCGGCAGCCGCCGCCUCGGCCGAGGAGGGCACCGCGGCGGCUGCGGCGGCGGCAGCGGCGGGCGGGGGCCCGGACGGCGGCGGCGAAGGGGCGGCCGAGCCCCCCCGGGAGUUACGCUGUAGCGACUGCAUCGUGUGGAACCGGCAGCAGACGUGGCUGUGCGUGGUACCUCUGUUCAUCGGCUUCAUCGGCCUGGGGCUCAGCCUCAUGCUUCUCAAAUGGAUCGUGGUGGGCUCCGUCAAGGAGUACGUGCCCACCGACCUAGUGGACUCCAAAGGGAUGGGCCAGGACCCCUUCUUCCUCUCCAAGCCCAGCUCUUUCCCCAAGGCCAUGGAGACCACCACCACGACCACUUCCACCACGUCCCCCGCCACCCCCUCCGCCGGGGGUGCCGCCUCCUCCAGGACGCCCAACCGGAUUAGCACUCGCCUGACCACCAUCACGCGGGCGCCCACUCGCUUCCCCGGGCACCGGGUGCCCAUCCGGGCCAGCCCGCGCUCCACCACAGCACGGAACACUGCGGCCCCCCCGACGGUCCUAUCCACCACGGCCCCGUUCUUCAGUAGCAGCACGCCGGGCUCCCGACCCCCGGUGCCAGGCACCGCAAGUACCCAGGCAAUGCCCUCCUGGCCUACUGCAGCAUACGCUACCUCCUCCUACCUUCACGAUUCUACUCCCUCCUGGACCUUGUCUCCCUUUCAGGAUGCUGCCUCCUCUUCUUCCUCUUCUUCCUCCUCCGCUACCACCACCACACCAGAAACUAGCACCAGCCCCAAAUUUCAUACGACGACAUAUUCCACAGAGCGAUCCGAGCACUUCAAACCCUGCCGAGACAAGGACCUUGCAUACUGUCUCAAUGAUGGCGAGUGCUUUGUGAUCGAAACCCUGACCGGAUCCCAUAAACACUGUCGGUGCAAAGAAGGCUACCAAGGAGUCCGUUGUGAUCAAUUUCUGCCGAAAACUGAUUCCAUCUUAUCGGAUCCAACAGACCACUUGGGGAUUGAAUUCAUGGAGAGUGAAGAAGUUUAUCAAAGGCAGGUGCUGUCAAUUUCAUGUAUCAUCUUUGGAAUUGUCAUCGUGGGCAUGUUCUGUGCAGCGUUCUACUUCAAAAGCAAGAAACAAGCUAAACAAAUCCAAGAGCAGCUGAAAGUGCCACAAAAUGGUAAAAGCUACAGUCUCAAAGCAUCCAGCACAAUGGCAAAGUCAGAGAACUUGGUGAAGAGCCAUGUCCAGCUGCAAAAUUAUUCAAAGGUGGAAAGGCAUCCUGUGACUGCACUGGAGAAAAUGAUGGAGUCAAGUUUUGUCGGCCCCCAGUCAUUCCCUGAGGUCCCUUCUCCUGACAGAGGAAGCCAGUCUGUCAAACACCACAGGAGUCUAUCCUCUUGCUGCAGCCCAGGGCAAAGAAGUGGCAUGCUCCAUAGGAAUGCCUUCAGAAGGACACCUCCAUCACCCCGAAGUAGGCUAGGUGGAAUUGUGGGACCAGCAUAUCAGCAACUCGAAGAAUCAAGGAUCCCAGACCAGGAUACGAUACCUUGCCAAGGGAUAGAGGUCAGGAAGACUAUAUCCCACCUGCCUAUACAGCUGUGGUGUGUUGAAAGACCCCUGGACUUAAAGUAUUCAUCCAGUGGUUUAAAAACCCAACGAAAUACAUCAAUAAAUAUGCAACUGCCUUCAAGAGAGACAAACCCCUAUUUUAAUAGCUUGGAGCAAAAGGACCUGGUGGGCUAUUCAUCCACAAGGGCCAGUUCUGUGCCCAUCAUCCCUUCAGUGGGUUUAGAGGAAACCUGCCUGCAAAUGCCAGGGAUUUCUGAAGUCAAAAGCAUCAAAUGGUGCAAAAACUCCUAUUCAGCUGACGUUGUCAAUGUGAGUAUUCCAGUCAGCGAUUGUCUUAUAGCAGAACAACAAGAAGUGAAAAUAUUGCUAGAAACUGUCCAGGAGCAGAUCCGAAUUCUGACUGAUGCCAGACGGUCAGAAGACUACGAACUGGCCAGCGUAGAAACCGAGGACAGUGCAAGCGAAAACACAGCCUUUCUCCCCCUGAGUCCCACGGCCAAAUCAGAACGAGAGGCGCAAUUUGUCUUAAGAAAUGAAAUACAAAGAGACUCUGCAUUGACCAAGUGACUUGAGAUGUAGGAAUCUGUGCAUUCUAUGCUUUGCUCAACAGGAAAGAGAGGAAAUCAAAUACAAAUUAUUUAUAUGCAUUAAUUUAAGAGCAUCUACUUAGAAGAAACCAAAUAGUCUAUCGCCCUCAUAUCAUAGUGUUUUUUAACAAAAUAUUUUUUUAAGGGAAAGAAAUGUUUCAGGAGGGAUAAAGCUUACCAUUAAAGCUUUUGGGUAGAAUUCUGAAUCCAAUUUCAGUUAGUCCCAACACUAUCCUCUUUGGCUCCUAGAAGAUGUGGGUAAUUCAGACCCUUGGCCCCACAGUGCCAGUGUCUCAUUAAAAAACACUGGCAGUUACCUGGUUUCAAAAAGAGGAGAGCUGCAUCCCGCAGGUGGAUGCAUCAGUGAGCAGGUGGCCCUUGCCAUUUGGCUUGCCAAUCCCAAGCCCUAAAUUUCUAUUCACCCAAUAGCCUCAUCACAGGUUACGUCAUGUCGAGAAAUGUAGUGUUUUCUAUUUGAUUUUUGGAGAAUGCCACAAAAGACUCUGCAAUGGGAAGGAGGACAGGAGAUAGAAGGAGAAACCGGGGGCAAUCUUAACUACUCUUGUGUGCCACCUUCCUCUGAGAUUUGAAUGCACAGAUCUCAGCUGGAGGUAUGAAAUUAUUACAGAAAAAGAGACAAAAAAAUCACUAUAUCGUGUCACUAAAAUCAUGCUAAUAGAAAUGUUUUUCCUUGAGAUUGUUUAGAGGCUCUGAAGAGCGUUUCUCAGUUUUUGUGUGCCUGUGUGCACAUGUGUGUGCGAGCGUGUGUGUGUGUGGACUUGCUCACACGGGCACAUAUGCUGUAAGCACAUGUGUUCAUUGUGCGUAUGUGUGUGCAUGUGUGCGCGUAUUACGCUUGCUAAAAUUUGUUCUGAAACAUCAGGGAAUCUAAUAUUCAGAAAAAGUAUUUCCCUCUUAGAUCUGUUCACUUUAAAUUUUUCCAUUAAGUAUAAAGUUCAGUUAGUUCUUAAAUCAAGGUCACUUGCAUGGUGGGGUCAUAUAAAACUCUUGACACUGUCUAGACCAUUUUCUGAUGUGAAUACUUUUGAGAGGAUCAACUAUUGGCUCAUUAAUGAUAUCAGUAUCAUAAGGUGAGUUCAUCGAGGAUGUGUGUUUAUUUGAAUCAUGCCUACUUAAAUUACUAACACAAGACAAUUAACAAAUUGACAGUUACCAUUUGCUUUCUCAUCGUCCUCAUUACUAUUUAUUUUAUAGCAAGUCUACUACGUGUGGACCAAGGCUUCGGCUUCUGUGGUUAGUAUGGGAAGAAUAAAUCAUUGAAAUAAAAAUACCCAGACUAUUCAGUUCACAAGAAACCCCCCAAAAGAACAGUAAAUUGUGUUGUAUGUUCAUUUGGAAUAAAGCAAUAUUUUUACCACUGCUAAGGUGAACUGAAACCUCUCCUGAAGAUUUGUCUGUUUAUUUACCCUCACUUUCAUGGGACAUAUGAGGAAAUUAGUGUUCACAUACCCAGUCUUUUUCCAAUUACUGGUGGUGUUGAGUUGUUAUGUUUACACUGUUUUAAAUAAAAAGGCACUGUAUUUGAAAGCA